AUGUCGGCAAUCAAUCGGUCCCUGGAGCAGAGUAGGCUCGAGAUUAUGAUCCUCGCCAUCGGUGUCUUGGUUCUCGUCAGUCUGCUCGGCCUCAUCGUCUUUAUCAACCUCCGGUUCAGACCACGCGGCGAGCGCAAACGGCAACAGAAUGACUACGGCUACAAUCAAAAGCCUGGCCCGUCCAGCGAAAAAUACAAGUACCACGACACCUUCCUACAGUCAGUUCGCCGUCGCAGCAUCUCUCUUGCGGACAACGCCAAGCGAGAGUUCGCCUCUCUGACACGACGCGCCACACUGUCUGUGCCGGUCGACGCAACCGCCAUCGGCCCGGAUGUCAAGCCUCAACCAGAACACAGGCGCUUCCGGCUCGUGCCGUCUACCAACACCGAAGCCACCAACCAGGAACCAGUCCAGGACGACCAUGAGUACACAAGGACCGCGUCGUCCGGAAACGAUGCAGGCCAUGACGAAACUGGCCAGAAGAUUGUUAUGAUAUAA